CCCAAUGGUUUACAGUGAAAGCAAAUUACUAGCAGUCCGGAUUGGCAGGCUGUCGUAAGGCGCCUCAAUGAGUCAGGCUUUGGGAAAUCACAACAUAUCGUACGACUAGUUAGCCUACAUUCCCAGAAAGGCAAAUGACAUGUUCUCAAUUCCGCACGCCCCGGAUAACGGAACAUCCGAGUGAUGUCCUCGUACCGAAGAAUGACCCGGUCACGCUUAACUGCAAGGCGGAAGGCAAACCGGAACCGAGAAUCGAGUGGUACAAGGACGGUGAACCGUUCAAAUUCACACCGAACCACGUCCUGCUGCCGUCCGGGUCGUUGUUUUUCCUGAGAACGGUUCACAGCAAGAAGGAACAGGAUGGCGGCGUUUACUGGUGCCUGGCGCAAAAUGCCGCUGGGAAAGUGCAAAGUCGCAACGCAACACUACAAAUUGCCGUUCUCCGUGACGAAUUCCGGGUGCUACCGAAGGACACCAGAGUAGCAGCCGGUGAGACGGCACUGCUCGAGUGCGGUGCCCCCAAGGGCAAUCCGGAGCCCACCAUCAGCUGGAAGAAGGACGAAAUAAUGCUCGACCUGGAUGACUAUCGGUCCAGCAAGGAACCGGCCCGGGUUCGCAUCGUGGACGGGGGCAAUCUGCUGAUCAGCGACGUCCGACCAACCGACGAAGGCCGGUACCAGUGCAUCGCGCAAAACAUGGUCGGCUCCCGGGAAAGUGCCUCCGCUAAAUUGACAGUCCAAGUUAAACCCUACUUCAUCAAUGAACCGACGGACAUUACGGUGCUGGUCGGUCAACGAGUUCAGUUCCAGUGCACCGUCGGAGGCGACCCGCACCCGCAGAUUCUGUGGAAAAAGGAGAAUGGCCACAUUCCCGUUGGUCGAGCCGAAAUUCUCGAGGAGGAUCGUAGUUUGGUGAUCAAAAACGUCGCACAGGAUGACCAAGGAAUGUACAUGUGCGAGGCGCACAACUCGGUCGGGCAGAUCAACGCCAAAGCUCAUCUGGUUGUUAAUUCGCCUCCAACGUUCAUCAUUCGGCCGCAGGACCAACGGACCAACCUGAACGGUGUCGCAACGUUCAAGUGUACAGCAUCGGGCAAUCCUCCUCCGUCGGUGUUCUGGUCCAAAGAAGGCUCCCAAACGCUGAUGUUCCCUAACAAUACGUACGGAAAUAUACACAUAUCCAGCCAGGGAUCCCUUCAGGUACGAGGAGCCCAGAAGGAAGAUGACGGCUAUUUCGUUUGCUCAGCACUUAGUGUGGCCGGCUCUACCACUAGCCGAGCGUAUCUUCAGGUCACCAGUUCGUUUGACAGUAGCCCACCCCCGCUGCUGCAGGCAGUGCCAGCUAAUCAGACGCUACCGCGGGGCAGCAUCGCGCUGCUACCCUGCCGAGGGUCCGGUCCGUCUAGUCCGAAACUCUACUGGAAGAAGAACGUCACCGACAUCACCGCUCUCGGGCCACGCUUCACCAUCGUUCAAGGCGGAACGCUCAAAAUUGACGAUCUGCAACCGGAGGACUCCGAUUGGUACACAUGCGUGGCCUAUUCCGAGAAAGGCGAAACCGCGUGGAGUGCCUAUCUGCUGGUCGAGAAAAAUCUAUCGGCAAUGCUCCAUCGGUCCCACAAUGCCGACCUACUUCCGGCCGCGCCUUCCAUGCCGAAAGCAGUGAACAUCACCAACAGUAACGUUACGCUCGUCUGGUCUAAAGUCGGAACCGGAGUCGGCGGGGGUGGAGGCAGCGCGAUGCAGGAAAAACUUAGAAACAAUCCUGUUAGCGGGUAUACGCUGGAAUAUUACAGCCCCGAUGAGAAAAAUGGCUGGAUUCGAGCAAUUAGUCGCCUAUCGGGAAACACUGCUACGAUAACCAAUCUUUCACCGUCGACGGCGUACAUCUUCGUGGUUCGGGCGGAAAACACAUACGGUUACUCCGCCCCGUCACCGCCCUCCAACGUGAUCCGGACGCUUUCCGCCGACGAUGGCGUCACGAGACCGGAAGAGCUGGAAGCCGCCCGGAUGGUUCUGAAUGGGAAGAUUCUCGAGCUGGUCGAUGUGGUUGCCAUGAGCUCAAGCUCGGUCCGGUUGGAAUGGCAGCUGCAUAUAUCGAGCACCGAGGAGUACAUCGAAGGGCUGUACGUACGGUAUCGUGAUUUGGGUUCAAAUUCACAGAAGUACAGUAUGCUGACCAUUCCGAACAAUGCAGCCGAAACGCAUUUGAUUACGGGUUUGAACAAAUUUACCCGGUAUGAAUUCUUCCUGACUCCGUACUUCAAAAACGUGGAAGGACAACCGAGUAACUCGAAGAUGGUGCAAACAUUGGAGGAUGCCCCAUCAGCUGCUCCGGUUAACAUUCAAACCGGAAUGCUAAAUCUAACGGCCGGUUGGGUUCGGUGGUCCCCACCACCGCCAGAGCAUCAGAACGGAAUUCUACUAGGUUAUAAAAUCCAGGUGAAACCCGGCAACUCUUCCAAGACGCUCGCAUCGAUGACACUGAAUGCCACUACAACCUCGGUCAUGUUAAACAACCUCACAACGGGAGCGACCUAUCGAGCUCAGAUCGUCGCAUACAACCGCGUAGGAGCUGGACCGUACUCGAAACCUGCCUAUCUGGUGAUGGAUCCUGCCCACGUGAUUGCUCCUCCACGGGCUCACAACUCACUGAGCGACAUCGGAGGCUAUCGGCAGCACAAUUUUAUGCACGAAACUUGGUUUGUGAUCUUCGUGGCACUCGCGCUGCUGAUCAUACUGACCUUCACCGUCGUCGGUGCCAUUAUCUUCUUCAAAAAGCGUCAAAGCAUGAGCAAAGCUAUUGCCACUGUGCCGGUCAUCACGACCGGCGAUUUGGCGAGCAUGAAUAUAUCGCGAAAGGAUUGUCUCUGGAUCGACCGAGGUUGGCGAUCGACAGACACCGAUAAAGACUCGGGUUUGAGUGAGAUGAAACUGUUGGAAGGAUCACAAAAUCCCUCCAACUAUACCGAUGUUGGAACCGACUACGCGGAAGUUGAUCCGAGGAGUAUCACCUCGUUUUAUAAUUGUCGGAAGUCCCCUGACAACCCGUCACCGUACGCUACUACCGUUUUAAUGAACGGUUUCCCACAGGAAAAUGGCAAGCUUCCCUAUCAAGGUGGAUCGAUGAACCACGAAGCUUACUCAUCUGCGGCUUCCAGUGUUCGUUCGGAUAUUCCGUACGGUCCGGGUCAUCCGAAACCCUUCGCAAUGCCGUACAGCGCAGCUCCCUCUAACUGGAUCGAUUUCCUACCACCUCCACCGGAACACCCACCACCCAUUCCGCAAGCUUUAGAUCACCAUCUACAUCUGAAUCACGUCUAUCCAUCGGAGCUGGUCGGACUGACCACCAGCUCCCAGGGUUCCCGCUGUGGCUCGACUCUGUCCAGCGGCCACAAUGCUCACCACUCAUAUCAAUACGUAGAUCCCUCACUGCUAGGACGCGGCUCCUCCCGCAGUAGCAGCAACGAGCUGCGCAGCCCAACGGGGCCUCCCCAGCCGCCAACGCAUCUGUUCCUGCACCACAGCCAUCAACUUCCACCGCCACCGCAUUCGGCUUCCGCACUGACCAACCCCGGCGAAGUGUACUUCAACGACGAAAUCUACAACAGUCCGGUCAAAAGUGCCGAACAGGUGAUGAUGAUGAUGCCGCCCCCGCCAACGACGCAGCAUCCGUUUAAAAUGCCCAGCUCCUCGUCGGCAUCGUCGAUCUCUUGCUGCCCGUCGAGUCAAUCGCGCGGUAGCCAAAAUGGAGCCGGUGGUGGUCCGCCGGCUGGACUAAAGCAUCAAGAUUUCCUAGAUUAUCAACAGCAGCAGCAGCAACACCACCAACAGCUAGGACACCAUCAGCAGGGUCCUGCUGAACUGCCUGUACACCAUCAGAAGCGAUUAUGCGGUAGUUGCGAUGCACUAUCUGGCCUGCCGAUGAGGGGCAUCGCAUAUCCGCCGUUGGAUCGCACUCCUGACUCGUAUCAGGCGGCGAAUCAUCAUCACCGGCUGCAGCACAGCAGCAGCAACGGAAGUUCCGCCGCAGGCGGUGGCAGUGGCAGCAGCGGUGGAGCAAGAGAAACCGUAGGAGGGGAAAAUGGCGGGGUCGAGCACGAAAGUGCCACAAGUUUCAACAACACUUGCUCCUCGGACGGUUCCGGAAGCGGCGCCAGCAGCAACAGCACUGGCUGCGGUGGCUUUUCCCAACGAUCGAAAUUCGCCCGCAAAGUGCAUGUAAAUAUCGAAAACGCCCUCAACGGGAACUAUCAUCAGCACCAUCAUCAUAAUCAUCAACAUAAUCAUCAGAACGGACAUCAUCAUCAUCAUCAUCUUCAUAAUCAGCAACAGCAGCAGCCGCCGGAGGAGGCGAUCAGCGAGCAUGAUGAGACUGAGAACGACAAAAUGCUUAAUAGCUAUAGCGAAACUUCCGGAAACGAGGUCACGGUAAGUAAUGACCACGGAACCGGCAGUUGUGACAUGGAUGACGACGGAGACACGUGCUGCUCCUGCAGCGAUGGCUCGUACCUAUACGAGGAACCGAUCCAGGUCAAAUAA